AUGUCGGAAGCGAUGCAGCGCCUUCCCGUUGAGGUGCUUUGCUAUAUAUUUGAUAAGCUCACCGUUACGGAGAGGAGAAAUUUACAUCUGGUGUGCAGUCGCUGGUACGAGAUCCUGAUGAGAAAGCAGUUUUUGUUAAAGCGCCAGCUAAAAGUGAACUCCGAUAACGUCGAACUCCUUGCAGAAAAUGAGGAAUGGUUGAAGUUUCCCUGUGUUAGAAUUCGUGAUGACGACUCUAAUCCAAAAUCCGCACGAAGAAAAAAUUAUCUGAGCUUGCUUGGCAGGACAAUAUUUGGUAAACAAGUUUUAAGUCACAUAGAAGAAUUGGCCAUCGAAGACGUCCAAAGUGAUCUAUGUGAAUUGUUUCGUGAAUCGUGUGAGCAGUGUCGUUUCCCUAGUCUUAACUAUUUAGUCAUAAGCUGCAGUGAAAUAAGUCCAUUAUUCAACAGUCGCACGUGGCGUUUUCCAAAUUGCUUGACCAAGCUUGCCAUUGAGAUUAGUAGCCGAAAUGUGCUAGCCUUGGUGGAAGCUGUCGCCGACCAACUAGAAGAGCUGCUCGUUCAGUCAACCAAUCUGGAUCUCCUCCUGCAGUGUUGCAAUCUACCGAAUUUCGUGAAACUUCGAACAUUGAAACUCAAAUCGGACACAUUUUUUCCGGAACGAUUUUCCAACGCUUUCGAAAUCGGUGAAAACUUCGCACGAACGUUAAAUAUGCUGAAGAGUCUUGCGAUCGGUUUCCGACAUAAUGACUUUCAGCUGGGAUAUGCCCUAUUGUUGGAGCACUGCCACAGUUUGGAGGUUCUCUCUAUUCUUGGCGCGGAUCUAUGCGUUGCAGCAUGCAAUGCAAUCGGGCGGCUGCAUGGACUCAGGAAAUUAGAACUUUUAGUUCGCAUCGAAAAAUCCAACGAUCUAAUUGCGUGGAACUUCCAGAACCUAGUUAGCCUUCACACCUACGUAUGGAAUCUAGCUCCCCUGGGAGCCGAUUUACCAUCGCUGAAAAUAAUCCGAAUUUCCAACUACACCAUCAGAGAGGGUCGAUUCAGCGUUCGGCCUGUGGAACAAAUCUACCUGCAACGAUACUUCUGCCACUUCGGAACAAUCGUCAAGCUCUUUCUGUACGACAUAUACCUGGAAGAUAUUCUUCUUCUACAGCUACCGAAAAUGCAGGCCCGCGAGAUUACUCUACGAUGCGUUCGAACGAGUUCGCUCGUCCUGGACGUCAUCUACGAGCGGGCACCGGCCAUCUUCUACCUGUACUUUUGGGACUGCGGCUUUCUCGUCAGCCCGCGGGCCAAAAUUCCAUCCUUCGAUGAGCUGUCCCGUCUCCUGCCGCACGUCCACAUCUCGCAUUCCAGUAGCAAGAUCAUCGCAGUGGAUUACGGCCAGAUACUCUCCUGA